UCCCCCACCAUGAGUGGCUCUGGAGGAUAUUAUAAGUACCGUUGCAAGUACUUCUUAACGCACAACUGCCCGCACUGGGUCUGGGUCCACAACGCACCCUGUGCCCAUUGUCUUGCAGAUGGUCGUGAUUCAGACGUAGGCGUUAUGCCUACUCCAUUCCGUCUCUCGCGAGAGGUAUACGUACCACAUGUUGAAAACGGUGCCCUCCAUUAUAUCAUCAUGGAGAUCAUUGCCACCAGCGACGCCGAUAGUGGAUGGGUAGUGAAAGAUGUCCCAAACCAGAAUUUUCCCGCUGCUACAGGACCAUCAGCUGUAAGCACUGCGGCAAUCGAUGGACCUGGCAAUCAGAGGCAUUCUAAAAGUGGAUUUGGGAUGCAGGAGAUUGCGACAAGCUGGGCGGCUUAA